UUCAGGCGCAAGUAUGUCAUAUCAAAAUAAUUUGCAUGAUACUUGCAAUAGACAAGAUUGUGAAACAAUUAUAAAACAAGAAUACACUUGUAAUGAACAUAUAGAAAUAAAAUAUGAAGCAAUCGAUGAAAAUGAAACGACUGAUAAUUACGAAAAUGUACAAAUUAAACAAGAAUAUAUACCACCUAGUGACAACCAAACACAUACUAAUUACGAAGUAUCAACAGUUAAAGAAUAUAUAAAUGAUAUGCCUAGUUUUUCUAUGGAAAAUAUUAAAAAUAAAGUAAAUGAAACAAUAACUAAUGUAUAUGAUGAUAAUAUAGAUAUUAAACAUGAAAAUGAUAUACAGGAUGUUGUUAAUAAUGAUGAAGUUAGUAUGGACAGUAAUGAUGCAGAAGCAUUACAUAAUGUUGAGGCUUGUCUACAAGAUGAAAUUAAAAUUAAAUUAGAGAAUGAAUCACAAGAGGAAAAUGAAAACAAUGAAUUGGAGCAUGUAGAGAUAAAGAAUGAAUUUGAACCAACAGUUACCGAAACUACUUUGAUAUCCAACGAAAUAAUUAAUGCGACUACAGUAAUUAAUCCUCAAGAUUGUGUAACAAAUUCACAAUCAACAAGCACUUUAUUUAUGGAAAUAUUGCCUAUGGAUAUGCACCAGGAGGUUCCACUCGGUAAAGUUUGUAAUUCAGAAGAAAUACUGUCAACAUCUCAUGACAAUGAUUCAAUGGACUACACGGAUUCUUUUCAGCUGAACUCAAUAACGGGCAAUAUGAUGGCAUUAGAACAAGAAGUUUACGGACUUUUAGAAGCCAAAAAAACAGACACUAUUUUUACAUGUUCAAAAUGUCCAAAAACUUUCAAAAGUUAUGCUUAUCUUUCGAAUAUACACGAAAAAUAUCACAAAACUAUGGAAAAACGUGAAAAAUUUAAAGCAAAAAGGUUAAAAUUGAAAAAUGCGAAACCAGUGAAAAAGGAAAUUGAGGUAAAUGAAAUAACACCCGUAGAUAUAUCCGUCAAUGUUAACAAAGAAGGCUACGAAUGCACUUGUGGUAAAAUUUUCCAACGCAAGACACGAUUGGAGACUUGUUUACGAUCACACAAAACAGAUAAGGAUCUCGAUUCAUAUUUGCUCUGCGGCACAUGCUGUAAACAGUUCAAAGAUAAAGAAGAAUUGCUUUUGCACAGAAAACGAAUGCACAGAAAGCUUUUGUUUCCGUGCAAAUUUUGUCCCACAGACUACAAAAAUCGGAAAGAAUUAUUUAAACACUUGCAAAUACAUCAGAAAGUUCAAGUAAUGGAGUACAAAGUGUUAUCAGAAAUAGUGAAAGGAAAGCAGAAGUUAAAAUGUUUUAUGUGUGCAAAAACUUGUACUGAACUCUCCGAAUUAAAGUCUCACGUUAUGUAUGACCAUAAGGAACCUUAUAUAUGUCCGCAUUGUAAUGGCACCUUUUCGAAAAUAAUAGAUUUCGGUAAUCAUACGAAAACUGACCAUCCCGAAGUGGAAGGGCAGUCGGUGUUGGAUGUUUUAGAAGCAUUUUCUAAAUUAAUUAAAGCUUGGAAAUGUGAAGACUGCAAUGUACAAUUUCACGAGGCGGAUAAGCUGGCGUUACAUAAGAUAGAAAAGCAUAGUGUUGAUCUGAAAGUGGAACCUCAAUUCCAGUGUAUUGAUUGCCGAAGGGUUUACAUAACUCUUAAAGGUUUAAUGUCACAUAGACGCAUUCAUCACAUCACAGAUAACAUGGAAGAUUCUGGAAUGCACGAGAAAGGCGUCCUGUGUAUAGAAUGUAGGAAGGUUUGUAGAGAUAUGGAUGCGUUAACGUCUCAUAUGCGUCUACAUUCACCUGAUAGGAAGUAUCCGUGUAAAUUUUGCGAUUUUCGAUUCGCAACACCAGCAAAAAGGAAAGCCCACGCGGAAUUGCAUACGGGUGAUAUGAAAUAUGUUUGUUUCAUUUGUGAAUACAGAUGCAGUUCGGUAAAUAGAUUGAAUCAGCACAAGAAAUCAGCAAAACAUCUUACCAUGAAGAAUUUCUUGUCGAGUGGCAAAGCUUUAGGAAUUGAGCAAUCAACAUCUAAAACUGAAAAAGAUCCAGAAAAUGAGGAAUGGGUGGUUGUGAAAGGUGAUGAAAAUGAUGAAGACAGUGGUGAUGAUUCGUCAAACGCGGGUGGUGAAGUGACUUGCGAUAUUUGCGGUCAAACUUUCAACUCAAAGUCCAAAAUGCUGAAGCACCAAAAGACACAUCCGUUCAUUGAAAUACCGAACGAGGAUAAACCGACAAGGAUAUUUUUUAAAUAACCUUCAGCCAUUGUACGAGAUAGAUUCUCAGAUGGCAACACUUGCCUAUUGCUAGAUAAGUAAAUUGUUGAUUAUUAUGAAUUCUAAAUGAUAAGAAUAGGUCAAUGUUUCUUCAAAUUUUUAAGCUGAAUUUAUAAAAAUUGACUUGUUUUAGUUUUUAAUGUCAUAUUUAC